AUGCUCAGUUGCUGCAGGAACCAACGGAGGAAAGAGGGCGCUGUGAACAGACGUAGACCCCACCUCCCUGUGUUGUCAGCACUCUGCCGCCAUGGCCCACUUAGCCUCUUAGGAAUUAGUUACCAGCAGUUCCUUGCCAUGGCCCUGGGAAGUUACCCUACUGCCCCAGGCAGAACACAAGAGCUUGAAGGACACCUCGGGCUAUUUGUAGAAACCUGCAGAGCAGGGCAGGCAGCCUUUGAUGCUGAAUAUCAGCAGAAUCCUCAAGAGAUGGAUUUUGGUAUUUUAACAUUUACCAUAGCAAUGACUGUCUCUGCAGCAAUCAAUCCUUUGAUCGAAAAGCUUGGCUGUGACGAGUUUAUCAAUAGAGAACAGCUAAACAAUGAAACGACUUCCUCUGCAUUCAAAACAGUAACUUGA